AUGGCCUAUUCUCGGACGGUCGUCGUGUUGGCGCUGCUGCUGCACGCGGCGUGCCUCUCAUCGCCGCAUCGGCUCGUUGCGGGCUACUCUUGGCCUCUCAGUGAAGCAGCAAGCAGCCGCCGCGAGAUGGCCAAGGCGCCUGUCGAAUGCCCCGCCGGCGUGGUGUGCCCCGACGGGGCGUACUGCGUGUUGGACCGCGACGACUUCCCUUACUGCACGUGCCCCUUCGGGCACACCCUAAACGGCAUGCCCUAUUGCGACCGUUACUACAGGUGGAAAACCGUCGGCACGAGCGUCGUCCUCUACAACGCGCCCUCCUUCGCCAACUCGCCCGCGACCCUCCCGCCGGCCCUGCUGCGCGGCCCGGCGCCCAACUCCUCAGCUUGCACUGUCCUGCCAAAGGGGUUCAGCGGCACGGUGGGGUCGCUGCGGAUCCUGUGGAACGUGGAUGACGGCAUUAGGGAUCAAGUUCUGUGCGGCAAGGUGCUGUUCUGGGAUAAGAGCGACUCCUCCGGUUCUUCAUUCGUGUACGAGAUUCCCAGCAAGUGGACGGCCGCCAAGUUCAACAAGUUCACCUACGCCACCACCAGCGUCAAGUGA